AUGGCGAGCUUUCAUGACAAUGAUUUUUCGGAUAUAGACGACACAGAAAUGGAAUAUAUGAUGGGAUUUAAUGAAACCGUGAAUGAUUCAGAUAUUUCUAUGUCUAGUGACGAUGAUUCUGACGACGAUGUGCCUUUAGUUGACUUAAUUCAGGGACAGAAUGUGAACCGACGUGACGAGGAAGUGGGUGGGAUGAUUCAACAAAUCCUGGAUGAGACCAACAAAUAUGCAACAAAAAAGCAGCUGGAGAAACCUGAUGAUAAAUGGAGGAACGUUACAUUUAGUGAAAUAAGAGCCUAUCUUGGAUUUCAGAUUGUGAUGGGGAUUAUUGCAGCACCAAAUUUGGAUAUGUACUGGAGUAGUGAUCCUAUGUUUAGUCCAUGUGGAAUAAAAGAGAGAAUGACACGCGAUCGGUAUGAUAAAAUCAGUAAGUACUUCCACGUAGCUGACACAUCAUGCAAUCCGGCACGCGGACAACCAGGCCAUGACAAACUUUCACAUGUUCGACCGAUUCUUGAAGCCGUGCGUGUAAAUUUGAUGGCCAAUUAUAAACCGCACCGUGAAACGACAGUUGAUGAGGCUAUGAUUGGAUAUACCGGUCGCUUAGGAUUCAAACAAUAUGUGCCAAUGAAGCCGACUAAACGUGGGAUCAAAGUGUGGGUAAGGGCGGACCCUCACAAUGGAUAUGUGAAUGACAUUCAAGUGUAUUUAGGUCAGGAGAACCGUGACGGAGACAAGGGUUUAGGGGAACGAGUUGUGAUGGAUUUAGUAACACCAAUUUUGAAUCGCGGACAUCAUGUGUAUUGUGACAAUUAUUUCACUACGGUAGGACUAUUCGAGGAAUUACAACAGCAAGGAACUUACGCGUGUGGAACAUUUAGAUCCAACAGACGAGGAAUUCCGGACGAAAUAAAACAGCAGAAGCUGAAGGAACAAGGGACAUCUAUCACGAUGCAGAAAGGAAACAUGGUUGCGACAGCUUGGAGGGACAAGAAGACCGUAUUCAUUUUAUCUACAAACUUCGAUCCAACAACGCCGAAGACAACAGUUCAACGAAGGCAGAAAGACGGAAGUCAGAAAGAUGUUUCUUGCCCGGAGUCCGUACGAAAUUACACAAAGUACUUGAACGGUGUUGACCAUGCGGAUCAGCUACGGGCAAUGUACAGUCUAGCGCGCAAGUCAGCCAAGUGGUGGAAAUAUCUUUUCUGGUUUUUAGUUGAUCUUGCCAUAGUCGGAGCCUAUAUUCUGAUGAAGGAAUCAUCAAAUCACCAACAGAAGACAAGAACAGGAAAACCUAAGCCACUGACACAACUGGAUUUUCGAAAGAAACUCGCAAAGCAGCUAAUUGGGGACUUUAUGCAGAAAAGGAAACGCGACGUGCUCAAAGAAAAUACUCAGCUACAAUGCAGGAUAUGCUGGCCGGCUAAUUUGGGAAAAAGGCGAACCUGUAAGAUGUGUUCAAAAAAUGGAAAGCGACGCGAAACACAGGAAUCCCCAGCUAAAAGGGCAAAAUUAGAAGAUGAAAAUGAAAUUGAUGAUGGCGUCGAAGAUAAUGAUGGAUAUAAACAUCUGUGGCACCUUGCUCAAGCAUGUAACAAAGACAGGUUCAGUAAAUUAUACGAUCAAUAUAUUGACGAUGGAGAAGACGAAGAUGACGCCACAGACAUGUCAACACAACGGACACAGCCAUACGCAGAGAAAAAUUUCUAUGAAAGAUACAAGUCGUUGCUCGAAAUAUACUGGUUUCCACUGUUGACAAAUGCUACCCAUCGUGUCAUAUUUGAACUAAUUGACAAUCUCCGGAGUAGAGAAACCAGCUUGACAUCUGCGGUGAAAAGAGUCUUGAAGAAAAGCAGAAAAAUCUUUGAAGAGCUGGAUGUGGAGAUGGAAGAAAGUGAUAACAGCGAUGAUGACAUGGAAUAA